GAGUCAACUCAAACAUCUAUCAUCUCCGAUCGAGACUUGGCUUUUAUAAUGAUUUUGGAGCGAUUUGAGUCGCGAUAUUGGCGAGUUGUUUCCCUUUUUUUUAUCUGUUUCAAAUUUCAAUUACUUUUAAUUCUGAGGGUUUAUAGUUUAAGUAUUUACAGUGAUAGCGAUGAUCAUGAUUCUGAUAGGCGACAAAAUGGAGAUGGACGGCUGCUCGUGCUUUGGUAUAUAAGGAAUCCCAUUGAUUUUUCCAUUUCUAGUUGCCGUUUUUCUCUCCAUUUGUUCAGGAUCAUCGAAACCCGCCUUGGCCCUUGUUGUCUUUUGGAGUAAUGGUCCUGAAAUUCUGUUUUGUUUUGUUUUGUUGCUCCAUUUUUGGGAAGACUUCCAAUUCUUCGCCGAUUAGAAGGAUAUAAUCUGCAGAAGAUACUUCUGCUUCUGCUUGUGCUGCUGUUUUUCUUGUUCUUCGCUACUCCUUUUGUUAGUUCUUGCCUUUUCCCAAUGUUUCUUUUCGAAUCAUAUUGAGAAUAGCUUCGAUUUUGAAUGGAAGAGAGUAAUUCUAAAAGCAAGUUCAAGAGGGUUUGCGUCUUCUGCGGCAGCAACUCUGGCCAUCGCAAAGUCUUCAGCGAUGCCGCUCUUGAUUUGGGAAAUGAACUGGUUGAGAGGAAGAUUGAUUUGGUGUACGGUGGCGGAAGUGUUGGUUUGAUGGGCUUGAUAUCACAAACUGUAUACGAUGGAGGCUGCCAUGUUCUUGGGAUCAUUCCGAAAGCUCUGAUGCCUCAUGAGAUUUCUGGGGAAACUGUGGGAGAGGUAAGAACAGUUUUGGACAUGCAUGAACGAAAAGCUGCGAUGGCUCGAGAAUCCGAUGCUUUCAUUGCUCUUCCUGGAGGGUAUGGGACUAUGGAAGAGCUGUUGGAGAUGAUAACGUGGGCGCAACUCGGUAUCCACAAGAAACCAAUUGGCCUGCUUAAUGUUGAUGGUUACUACAACUCUUUGUUGGCACUAUUCGAUAAUGGCGUGGUUGAAGGUUUCAUUAAGCCCGUUGCUCGAGAAAUUGUGAUAUCUGCUCCAACAGCAAAGGAACUAAUGGAAAAAAUGGAGGAACAUACUCCUUUUCGUGAACACGUUGCUCCCCACGAAAGCUGGGGAACGGAGCACCUCGGGGAUUAUCCUAGCCAAGAAAACAAACCAUGACCGAUAAGCGGGGACACUUUGUUUCUGCAAUGAGUCCCCACAGCCUAUAUUACUGCUUGCUGCGCUGCUAGACAUGUUUGUCUGCAAUAAUGGAGAUGAUAAAAGGAUGGGGUUAUCAAAUUAUGGAUCCAUCUCCCUCAACUCUGUCCUUUCACUUGCAGAUCUUUCUUAGCUGUGUUCUUAUGAACUGCUGAGUGUUAUUAGUUCUUGGAUGCUUGAAUUAUUAGUGAUCCAAGUGGAAUAG